AUGGCUUUAGUCGGUCGAUUGUGCAAUGUAGCUUUUCUCCUCUCACUUUUGUCACUGGCAGUUCAAGCCAGAAUCCCCGGAGUUUACAGCGGUGGAUCAUGGCAAGAUGCCCAUGCCACUUUCUAUGGAGGCAGUGACGCUUCUGGCACAAUGGGUGGUGCUUGUGGAUAUGGCAACUUAUACAGCCAAGGCUAUGGAGUAAACACCGCCGCCCUCAGCACGGCUUUGUUCAACAACGGCUUAAGCUGCGGGGCGUGCUUCGAGAUCAAGUGUUCUAACGAACGCCAGUGGUGCCACGCCGGCAGCCCAUCUAUUCUCAUCACUGCCACCAAUUUUUGCCCGCCUAACUACGCUCUGCCAAACGACAAUGGCGGCUGGUGCAACCCGCCGAGGUCACAUUUCGACCUCGCCAUGCCCAUGUUUCUCAAAAUCGCCGAGUAUCGUGCAGGAAUUGUUCCGGUAGUUUACCGUCGGGUACCAUGCAGGAAGCCAGGGGGAAUAAGGUUCACCAUCAAUGGAUUCCGUUACUUUAACCUAGUUUUGAUCACCAACGUAGCGGGAGCAGGAGAUAUCGUGAGGGUGAGUAUUAAAGGGUCGAGGACCGGGUGGAUGAGCAUGAGUCGAAACUGGGGACAAAAUUGGCAAUCAAACUCAGAUUUGGUUGGUCAAGCACUCUCAUUUAGAGUGACCGGCAGUGAUCGACGCACUUCUACCUCAUGGAACAUAGUUCCUCAACAUUGGCAAUUCGGUCAAACUUUUGUUGGGAAGAACUUCAGAGUCUGA